AUGCUGGAGAGAAUUCAUCCAAAAGACACUUUAAAGUCAACAAAUUGGCGGGAUUUCAUUCCACCCUCAGAUGUGAAACGAAGCAUCGAGCUUUCGCAAUCAGACAUUUAUGAGUGGACCAAGCUACGCUGUGCAGAGCCUUUCAUUCACACGUGGAAGAAAAGUUGGGAUGAGCUUUACAAGCAGCCCUAUAAAGGGAUUACAACCGAUGGUCACGUGUUACCGGAUAUAUUUCAUCUGGCAGAUGAGGGAGACCAAGGGGCGCCUGUCCGUGAAAUGGUGAAAGCAGCAGACAAAGUCGUAGCGACGGCGACCCCAACUCAGAGACAGUCUCUCCUGAGAGUUAUCGAUGCGCAGGAAUGGCGGGCCUGGAUGAACCCGGAACUCUAUGUCUCUCGCCAUGGCGUGCGCUUAGAGGAGGCCUCAGAAGACUUCUCCGUGGCCACACAUGAUCUUAUGCGCGCGAGUCUAUCACCAACAGGGUAUCAUAAUGUUAGCGGUUGUAUGAAGGUCAACCACUUUCUUGGCGAGGUCGUGAACGGCCGGAAAGUGCUUAAUGAAAAAUCGUACAACUUGGCUAUUUUCGGAACUCCUUCAGAAACCGAGCCGUGGGGUUGGCAGGUUUUUGGUCACCACUUCGAUAUGAACUGCUUCGUGCUGGGAAGUCAAAUGGUGGUAACCCCUGUUUUCAUGGGGGCCGAGCCGAAUGUGAUCGAUGACGGGCCCUACAAAGGUACCGAGCUCUUUACCGAUCAGGAGCAGACCGCGCUUACACUUAUCAACUCCAUGGAUCCGGAUACACAGAGUCGUGUCCGCAUUUACAAGGACCUCGACGGUCCCGACUAUCCCGAGUGGCGCUACCAUCCCGCUGACCAGCGCCAUCUUGGUAGCGCUUUCCAAGAUAAUCGUAUCGUUCCGUACGAAGGAGCCAAAGUCACGACUCUGUCGACUAUUGAGCAGGAUUUAGUCCGGAAGCUGGUGGAACUCAUUGUCAAUUAUCUACCCGAAAGAGCUCAUACCGCCAAACUAGCCGAAGUAGCCUUACAUUGGAACGAGACGUACUUCUGCUGGAUUGGCGCGUUCAAACGAGAAGAUGGCUUUUAUUACAAGAUCCAUUCGCCUGUAGUGAUGAUUGAGUUUGAUCAUCACUCAGGGGUGUUCUUGAAUAAUGCCCUUCCUCUACCUUUUCAUAUCCAUACUUCAGUGAGAACACCUAAUGGCAACGAUUAUGGAAAAGCGCUUCUUCAGGAGUACAAGCAAAUGCCAUAUCGCAAAAGCUGCGAACAAGAAUAG